AUGGCUAUGAUGGAGACUACUAUAAAUGAUCUGAUCGAGGAAUCCAAAGUACGGACCGCACGGUGGGCCUUAUGUAUCUUCUUCCUCACAUACUUUUUGACCCAUGCAAGUAUGUGGAUGAAUUUGCCAAUGGCAGUUGUCAUUCUUUGCAGUCUUCAAAUUCUCUUGACUCCGAAAGAGUUCAGAUCGAGAGGUAUGCCAGAUCCAAGACAGAGCCAUUUGUAUUAUCGCGGCAGGAAGCAGCUGUCCUUUGACGAUCCUCGUCUUUCCACUACCCCACCUCCUAGUCCAAGGUGGAAGAAGAAGAUAUACUCACCUGUAGUGGAAGUUGCGAUCAAUGAUUUUGUUGACAAGAUCAUUGAUGAUAACGUUAACUCAUGGUACUCAAAGAUCACUCCAGAUAAAGAGUUCCCCGAACUAAUCCGUGGAGUGAUCAUGAAUGCACUUGGUGAAAUUUCGGCGAGGGUAAAAAAGAUAAAUAUUGUCGGCCUAAUCAGGGAUAUAGUUGAUCUGAUGGGUGAUCAUCUGGAUAGUUUUAGAAGAAACCAAGCUGCUGUAGGUACUGAUUUAAUGAAGACAUUGUCAUCUGGGGAAAGAGAUAAAAUGUUGAAGGGUCGUCUUAUGGCUUCUGGGGAGCUUUAUACUGUACUCGUGUCAAAAGAAAGUGUGUACAAGGUUCUUCCGGAAAUAGUUAGCAGCAUAUUAUCUCUUCUUCUCAGACCACAAGAAUAUCAGUGCCCUCUUGUUCGAACAAUAGCGAGAGAUAUCUUGACUAGCUUGGUAGUUCAACCUCUUGUGGAUUUUGCAUCCCCUGAGCAUAUCAAUGUAUGUACUAAGCAGUUUUUACGGGAAGAACAGAGUGUUAACCAUGCCAAGUCGUCAGCCUCCGAUAAUCAAGCAAAAAACAUUAAUUUGACAAAAGUUAAUGAGCAGAAGACGACACCAUCCACAGAAGAUGAAAGUAACCCUGAACAGGAGGACUCUAGUGAUUGGGCUCAGAUGCCAGAGGUCGCGACUCAAAGGAGAAAGGCUCUCCAUAUAGAGAGUCAGCAUUGCCUAAAGCUUAAAUUUCGGGAUCUCUUGUCUAUAGCUAAUUUUGCUGAACAGCAUGAAGUUUGGGAUUUUCUAAGUGAGUUCUCAAAAAAUUAUUCUUUUGGAGAGUCUUCAUCGGCCAAUGUCAUCAGUGUGCCGAUUUUGAACCUAGUUGAUAAAGUGUUUCAGCUAAAUAAAGGAUGUUGGUUAAGGAGGCAAGCUUUCGAGCUAUCGAAGAAUUUUUUUGUGUUCACUAUGGAAGAUGCUGUGGAUGGCUGGCUUCUUAUGGGAAUCUAUUGUCUGUGGAAUGAAGACAAAGUAGCUCAUGGAAUACGUUGGGCUCAAGAUAUUUUAUGGCCAAAAGGCGUGGAUGACGGUGAAGAGGCAUUGGAUCAGACUGACCCUAGUGAAGAAACUUUCCAAAUGGCAGGCCAACUUGGUGGCGAGAAGGUGGUUGAACCCAGUUCCUUUGAGCAGCAACUCGAGGCUGUCGCUAUUCAAAUCAAGAAAUUCUUUUUCGAUACGGCCCCAAAGACUUUAGUGAGAUUUGUAAAGGAAAUUCUGCACAUGGCAUGCCCUAGAGACAUCUUGUAUUUCACUCAGUCAAACAUAUGCAUAAAGCAACUAGCUAUUGCAAUACUGGAGCUGAUAGUUCGAACGGUCUUCCCCGAGCUGCAAGCUCUUCCCCGCAUGGCCGAUCAGAGUAAUAUCGAAUGUAGCCUAUCUUGAACCAGUUUCCUAGCUUUCUCUGUGUUGUUUUUUUUGGGUCCUCAUUAUAUAGGCUUAUAGCUAUCCUUCGAUCUGUAUAAGAAAACCAAAUGGUGCUAGUUUGUGAGUUUUUUUUUU